CGGGCCGGUAUAAACCGCGGGGCCGCGGCGGCUGCGGGCGGCGGGCUCCGGCGGAGGCACAGACGGCGGCAACGCGCGAGCACCCUGCGCUUGGCGGCCCCAGCAUCACAGCGCUCACCGACCCUCGGACGCCCAAGACCCAACGAUGACUCUGAAUAAUGUCACCAUGCGCCAGGGCACUGUGGGCAUGCAGCCGCAGCAGCAGCGCUGGAGCGUCCCAGCCGAUGGCAGGCAUCUGACGGUCCAGAAAGAGCCCCACCAGUACACCCAGCGCAACCGUCACUCUGCUACCCCCGAGGACCACUGCCGCCGGAGCUGGUCCUCCGACUCCACGGACUCAGUCAUCUCCUCCGAGUCGGGGAACACCUACUACCGGGUGGUUCUCAUAGGGGAACAGGGGGUGGGCAAGUCCACUCUGGCCAGCAUCUUUGCAGGCGUGCAUGACAGCAUGGACAGUGACUGCGAAAUGCUGGGAGGUAGGUGGACCAGCCCCAGCGGGCUUCUGUGGUCAGCAGUGGUCCAGGAGAAAGAACAAGUAGAAGAUACAUAUGAGCGAACACUGAUUGUUGAUGGGGAAAGUGCAACAAUUAUACUCCUGGACAUGUGGGAAAAUAAGGGGGAGAAUGAGUGGCUCCAAGACCACUGCAUGCAAGUCGGGGAUGCCUACCUGAUUGUCUACUCCAUCACGGACCGAGCCAGCUUUGAGAAGGCAUCUGAGCUUCGAAUCCAGCUCCGCAGGGCCCGGCAGGCAGAGGACAUUCCUAUAAUUCUGGUUGGCAAUAAAAGUGACCUGGUGCGGUGCCGGGAAGUGUCUGUAUCAGAAGGGAGAGCGUGUGCCGUGGUGUUCGACUGCAAGUUCAUCGAGACCUCUGCAGCUGUCCAGCACAACGUCAAGGAACUGUUUGAAGGCAUUGUGAGGCAGGUCCGCCUCCGGCGGGACAGCAAGGAGAAGAACGAGCGGCGGCUGGCCUACCAGAAGAGGAGGGAGAGCAUCCCCAGGAAAGCCAGGCGCUUCUGGGGCAAGAUCGUGGCCAAAAACAACAAGAACAUGGCCUUCAAGCUCAAGUCCAAAUCCUGCCAUGACCUCUCUGUGCUCUAGGCACCCGGAGUCAUCCAAUAUCCCCCAGUGGACAUCACUGAAGGCCAUUGGGACCCAUAAUCUAUAUUAGAUUGGAUUCUUAAGUAUUGUUAGAUGUGGCUUCCCCUGUUGUUAGCUGGGAACUAACGUGCUAGGCUGAUGGGAAACAAAAUGCAUGAGAAAUGAAAGAGCUUUGUGAAGACUCAGUAUUUAUUUACAGGAAAAGCCUGACCUUUGCUGCUUGAACACCCAAGACUCAUUAGGGAACAUGGUUGGUGUUCACAUGUGUUUCCUCUCUCCUUUGGCUUAGUAGAGAAUUGAAGCCUACAAAAUAAUGCCUAGACAAGAAUUUUUCAUUAUUAAAAUUUUGCCUGGUGUUCUGUUACGUGAAUUUGAGGCCAAUCAGUGGGUCAUGAACAAAUACAGGAAAGCCAUCAAAGGAAUUAUUCAAAGGAGAGAGAACUUCUUUCUCUGUACCUUAUAUUUGUGGAGCUAGGAUUGCAGAACUGGGUUCAUCACGAUCAUCACCGUUAUUGCUCCAUGAAGCUGUGAAAAGAAAUGAUGGACUUGCUGGAAACUAAAGCUUAGUAAACAAUUUUUGUUCAGUGCCCACAGUCAGGGAUCCAGAAGUCUAUAGAAUUGGGAACUGCUACAUGUACCACUAAUGGGCUAAAAAAUUAUAUCUUUACUACUGUUGUCUUGUAAUUUUUUAUUUAAAGGAAAAUUAUUUUAAUCAAAUUCUAUUUAGUCAAACCGCGUUUUAUGUUGCAUUAUUUUUAAAAUCAUAGGGCCAUCAUAAAAAAAUAUUUUUAAAAUCUAAAUUAUUGAGAACCUGGAGUGCAAAAUACCAAAUUUUUAAAUAUAAUCGAAGGUCUGAAGUUUUAUAAAACACAAAACAUAAAUACUUCCAGCAUUUUGGGUUGACCCUUUUAUGCCACAGCUCUGCUCUAUUUAUUAUUAUUUUGCAAA